GCUCGGGCAGCGCCGCGGGCCGGGCGGGCGCGAUGGAGCCGCCUGAGGGCUGGGACCCCUACGGGCGGCCGGCCCGGCGCACGCAGUGGCUGGUCAGCGCCCUCGCCUACCACUACGGGCUGGACCGCGGCGUGGAGAACGAGAUCGUCGUGCUGGCCACCGGCCUGGACCAGUACCUGCAGGAGAUUUUCCACCACUUGGACUGCGACGGUUCGGGCCGCAUCCCCGGCGAGGACUUCCGCACGCUGUGCCAGGUGCUGGGGCUGGAGGAGGCGGCGGAGCCCGAGGAGUGCGCGGGGCUGUGGGACGGGCUCUCGGCCGAGCUCACCUUCCGCCAGUUCCACGCGCGGCUCUGCGGCCACUUCAGCACCCGCGCGGGGCCGCGGCUGCCGCUGGGCCGGGAGAGCGAGCACAUCGAGACCCAGAUCCGCCUGCGCAGCCCCCGCCGCCGCCGCCGCACCGACCCCGCCGGGCGCGGAGCCGCGGGCAGCGCCGAGCGGCGGCCGCCGGGGCCCCGCUCCCGAGAGUGCUGCGAGGAGAUCGCGGCGCUGGAGCAGGCCGAGGACCGCAUCGCCAGGCUGGAGGAGGAGAACGGCAGCCUGCGGGAGCUGGUGGAGGACAUGCGCGCCGCCCUGCAGAGCAGCGAUGCGCGGUGCCUGGCGCUGCAGGUGGGACUGCGGAAGAGCCAUGCCAGCCAUACAGGAGAAGGACCCUGCUUCAUAGGGAGGAAGAGACCAUUAACACAGAAGCACUCCCAGACCAAGUGCCUCCAAAAUGUCCUGGAGGAAAUGGAGCUCAUGCAGAGCUCCAGGGAUGGGCAGAUUGAAGAAGCCAUCAGGUUCAGUCAGGAGCUGGAGAAGGAGCUGAAGAGCUCUCAGGAAGCUCUGGUCAGCCUGGAAGAUUGCAACCAUAACCUGAGGAGGGAGCAGGCAGAGAUGAGGAGGAAGGUGGGAGAGGCCAGACACGCUGUCCUCAACAGUCUUGGCAAAGUGAAGGAGCUGGAAGCGAGAGCUAAGGAGGUGCCACAUCUGCAAAUACACAUCCAGCAGCUGGAAUCACAACUGCAGCACUACAGGUCGGAACUGGAGCGAUGCCAGCUGGCCCAGCAGAGCAGCCCCCAGCAGCAGCAGCAGGAGCAGCAGAGCAGCCCUGAGCAGCAGCAGAAGCAUCAGGAGCAGGAGCAGCAUCAGGAGCAGGAGGCAGCAGCCGUGCCCAGGGGCGCCCGCGGAGCGUCCGUGGCACCGCCGGGCACCACCGACCACGCAGAGGAGCAGCUCUGUCGCUCUGUGGAGGGCCAGGCCGCCUCGGACGAGGAGGAGGAGGAGCAGUGGCCAGGGCACCACGCUCCCCAGCUGGGCCACAGGAGGAGGAUCCUGGCCAAGCUCCCUUGCUGUGGCAGUGGAUGUGAUGAAAAGACGUGGAGAAAGCUGCUCUCCUACCUGGAGACCAGCAGCACUGAGGGAAAGGACCCUGUGGAGCUCUUGGGGACAAUCUCCCCCCUCACAGAGCAGCCAGAACUCAAGGGCCACCAAGAGAGAAAACUGGAAACAAGCAUGGAAGAGAUGAAGGGCCCCUGGCUCGGGGAGCUGCAGCAGAAGGUGGAGGAGACAGAAGUGCUGAAGAUGGAGCUGCAGAUGCUGGAGACAGAGAGGGUUCGGCUGUCCCUGGUGGAAGAGAAGCUCCUGGAUGUUCUGCAGCUUCUCCAACAGCUCCGAGGCUUGAACAUAUCAAAGCGAGCCCUGGGGAAAAUCCUGCUGAGCACUUUGGAAUCCUGUUGUGACCCCCAGCCUGGCAAAGCCCAGCUGUUGGAAGUGCUGGACACCCUUCAGCAGGAGCUGGCAGCCUGUGAACUCUUGCACAAGCAGCCCUUGGAGCAGGCACAGAGCCCACGGUCCCUGUCCAACCCCCUGGUGAUCUCCUGCUGAGCCCAGGCAGCCCCAGGACAGUGGAAGGAGGAAUGAGGGACAUUUGUCCAGCUGGAAGGAGGAAGGAGGGACAUUUGUCCAGCUCAGCCACGCCUGCACUGGCCAGGAGCGAGCAGUGACCCAAGGGAGGAGCAGCAGCCCUGGCUGGGCACAGCCCUGCCUUACCUGGGCUGCAGAGCCCAGCCCUGGGGUGCCCCUGGCACUGGACUGGCACCAGACUGUGCCCACCACCUUCACCUGACCCACAGGGAUUUACAGCUCUGCAAAACUGGGAUUGGACUGGCACCAAACCAAAAUGUGCCCACCACCCUCACCUGACCCACAGGGAUUUACAUCCCUGGCUAUGCAGGGACUGGACUGGCACCAAACUGUGCCCACCACACUCAUCUGAUCCAAAGGGAUUUACAGCUCUGCAAAACUGGAACUGCACUGGCACCAAACU